CAAGGAGCAAAAUCCACAGACAGAAGAAAAUCCAGCAGGCGCGAAGUGAUGACGUGUGCACUCAAACAUGGAGAGGAAACACAUGUCGGCUUAUUCCUUGUACCAAACCUUGUCACAAGAAUCACCUCCUCCUGCGAAGAAGCCUUCUCUGCAGGUGCCAGUAAAGAAGAAGAAGAAGCAAAGGGAGAAUGGUGUCGCAGCCACUAAGCCCAGCUCAAAAUCCCCUACAAAGGUUGAGAGGAAGAAGAAGCGAAAGCAGCUCAUAAAAUCUGCACAAAGGGAGGAAAACCUGAAGAGAGAUAACGAGCAGGAGGAUCCGUGUGUGAAUGGAGACGGCGAGGUGCUCGACACUCUGUUGGCAGAUCUGGCGAGAGUCAACAACAGCAGGGAGAGAGCGAGCAAGCUGUUCCAGUGGCUCAUCCACCCCAUCCCUGCCAAAACCUUCUUCAGGGACACAUGGGAAAAGAAACCCAUUCUUGUCAAACGCCAGAAUCCAGAUUAUUAUAAGGGUCUGUUCUCCACAGCAGAGUUUGAUCGCAUAUUGAGACAAGAUGAUGUUCAGUAUGGAGUGAACCUGGAUGUCACCAGCUACACUAACGGCAAGAGAGAGACGCACAAUCCUCCAGGGAGAGCUCUGCCGUUCACUGUGUGGGACUUCUAUGAGAGCGGCUGCUCCCUCCGCUUGCUGAAUCCCCAGGCUUUCUCCUCCACCGUGUGGAGUGUGCUGUCCAUCCUGCAGGAGCAGUUCGGCAGUAUGGCAGGAGCCAACGUCUAUCUGACACCGCCUGGGACACAAGGAUUUGCUCCACAUUACGAUGACAUUGAGGCAUUUGUGGUUCAGCUGGAGGGGAAGAAACACUGGAGAGUGUACAACCCAAGGACAGAAGACGAGGUCUUGCCUGUGUUUUCAAGUCCAAACUUCAGUGAGGCGGACAUCGGGAAAGCCAUCCUGGAUGUGGUGCUAGAGGCCGGGGACCUUCUCUACUUCCCCCGAGGAUUCAUCCACCAGGGCGACUGCUUCCCAGACGCACACUCCCUUCACAUCACCAUCUCCUCUUACCAGAAGAACAGCUGGGGAGACUUGCUGCUCAAGGUGGUGCCAGCAGCAUUAGAAGUAGCCAUGGAGGAGGAUGUGGACUACAGACAAGGCCUGCCUCUGGACUACCUGACAUACAUGGGUGUACAAAACUCUGACAAGGAUGACCCGCGCAGGGCAAAAUUCCUAUCUCGGGUAGAGAACCUGAUGAAGAAGCUGACGAGUUACGCGCCAGUAGAUGCUGCUGUGGAUCAGAAAGCCAGGGACUUCCUUCACGACUGCCUGCCUCCUGUUCUCACACCAGAGGAACUGGCCAGUAGUGUGCAGGGAGCCCCUGCCAGGUGGGAAAAUGGAGAAGUUUUGAAUGCAGGUGCACGCAUCAGUAGCCAGACCCGAGUCCGACUGCUUCGUGCUGGGUGUGCCAGGUUAUGCAGUGAUGGAGAGAUGGUUCAUCUGUACUAUACCACAGACAACUCCAGAGUUUACCACAAAGAGGAGCUCAAGAGUUUUGAAAUAAAAACAGAGCACACAGAUGCCAUUGAGUCUCUGAUCCAUUCAUAUCCCAAGUUUGUCACAGUGGGAAGUUUGCCAUGCGAUUCAGCAGAGGAUAGGAUUGGCUUGGCUGAGCUGCUUUUCGAGAGGGGGAUUAUCCACACUGCAGAGCCUCUGUAGUGGUUAGACACAUAUUUCAUAGUUCUGGUGACCAUGCGACUGGAUUCAAAUUGCCUUUAUACCGAGCGAGCUGCAAAAUACCAAAAUGUUUCUAGUUUCAAAUGGUUUUCAGAAGCUCUGCUGGACUAGUGAUGCUGAACAACUCAUGCAUUUCUUCUGUGUUCGGCAACAAAUAAACCAAUUUUUUUUUUCCAAUAAC